UUUUGUUUCGCUUCAAUAAGACCAUUUAAUUUUUUAAAGCUAAAAAAUUACGCAGAGUAUACUCCCAUAGUUACAAUGGCGGCGUCCUUAUUUAGUUUAAUGUCAAGAGUUGUUUUCAGGAGCCAGAAAGCCCUCCCUAGUUUGAUAUCACCCAAACAGUUUUCUGCAGCAGAUGCUAGUCUUGUAUCUGCACACAAGAGAGUUCCCCCAUUCAACACUGAGACGUCUUCUGUGAGCCUCUGUCAUGUUUUACUAAGGGCUUUCCACUCAACUCCUGUGCGGCCUGUGACAGUUGAGCUAAGACAGUGGCGAGAACAUAGAGUUAUUAAUAGAUUCUACCGCCUGCACUGGGGUGGUUGGAUUCGUUGCUAUGGUGGUAGAUUUAAGCAGCUCUACAAAAAGUCAGCAAAGGAGCAAUGGAGAUUGAAGCAGCACAUUUUUGUGACACGCAACCAGAGCAGGAAGCUUGAUGUGCUUGUUACAGCCAAGUGGAGAGAACCCAAAUACUUCCCUGACAGCCCUUAUGAUCCGUACCACACCAGAACUAAUUCUUAUCACUUUCCUAAUCACAGAAAAUUUUACCCAUAGCUUGCAUUUGCUGAAAUGACCUGUAUACAAAUAAAAUUUUCUCUUUUUAAUCUA